AUGCCCCACCCUAAUGGUCCCAAUCCUGAACCUCCCUCAAGCGAAAGAGCACCUAAUACAAAUCUCUUGUUAUUAAAAGCAGCUGUUAAAGAAAUAGAGAAUAUGAAGGAGACUAACCAAGCUUACAGGGACAUGACAGACAAACAAGUGAAAGUAUUGAAUGCAGAAAAUCUUGCGCUACAAAGUGGAUAUAAGCAGAUGCAAGCGGACAUUGAGAACCUGAAAAAACAGGUUGCUGUUUUGAAUAGAGGGAUGGGGGUGCAGUGUAUCAAGUGUGACAACGACAAGAACAUGGAGGAGCAUGAAGAAGAGAUGACAGGAAUGAGAGGGGACAUAGAUGGGGCACAACCAAUACUCACUAGCCUGUUGAAUGACGUUGAUCCAGCGACAGUUGAUCUUGAAUCACUCUCACCAGAGCAGCGAGAGAGCUUGAGUCUUGAAGCGGCUAUUUCCAAGCCUGUCAAGGAUGCUAUAAACGAGGCCUUCGCCAGAAAAAUUGGUUUUGACAAUCUUGAAGCAAAGAGCCUGCCUGCCUUCCCUUCCACCAUAGACCCUAGCAUGUGGCCUAAAGACCCUGCGACACAGAAGCCUCUCCAACGGUACAACUGGGUCCUUACCAGUGGGAUGCUCCGUGUUCUACUGCCAAAGGACUUAAAAUUCCGAAUAUGCAAGAAAUAUCAGUACAUGGCCAGACAGUUUUGUACCAAAGAAAGAAAAGAAAGAGAGUGGGAGACUCACCAGCAACAACUUGAAGCAGCCGAACUUCAAAAUCUAGAUGACAACAAACUUGAAGAUGACGCUCCAGUUAGUUUGCCCAUCUCCAAGGCCCAUAGAAACUCAAGGGCACAGUCAAAACUUGACCAACACAUUCAUAAACGCCCACUUUCUGUUUAUACCGACCCAAAAUUUGAUGCCGCAUUUAUCAUUAAUGCCAUGUUGGACAACAAGGAUGAUCCAGAUUAUAGGCCAACAUCUAAUGAGCUCAAAAAAUACAUUAGCCAUGCUCCACACUAUCACAAUCCCAAUCCCAAUAAAGAAAAAGCUAUGACCCCUCAUAUCCGAGGUCAUCCAAUCGCAAACUACAAGAUUCCAUCAGCAAAACUCCUCAAGAACCGACUUCGUGUAUGGCAAAUUAAACCAGACUUACUUGCACUACCUGAGUAUUCAAGCAUUGUGGGCCUCUCCCAGCUUGCGCACAAUGGAAAUGCUUGGGGUGACGAUGAAGACCCAGUUGAUGAUGAUUUGACAGGUGGUAACCAAGCGAGACGAAAGAGAAAAUGA